AUGGUGUCGACAGGCGGCAGGCGGCAUGCUGCCUACUUCCCUACAAGCACUGGGUGCCGAUCAGGACCCUGGACAGGCACGCCGGGGGUUUUUGACAUAACGGCCUUUGAAUGGGUAGAUCGUCAUGAUGCAGCUGCAGCGGCCUACGAGGACCCCGAUGUGGUCAAGCGGUAUUACUCUGAAAGCUAUAAAGAGCCAACGUGGAGCGAUCCCAGAUUAGCCACGAUCUUCGCAUUCACACCGCCCGCAGUCUCCUCAACCAACGGCUCUACUCCCUCAAGCGGUUCCGAUAGGUCUUCAUACUCUUCUGGCGGCGGCAAUGGCGGCGGCGACUCCUCCACGGCCACCUCAUCAUCAUCGCGGGCGAGGAAAAGCAAUGCCGGCGCAACAGUAGGCGGCGUCAUUGGAGGCGUGGCACUACGCGCAGUGAUUCUGGGCCCGUGUGUGAUUCGAAUUCCUCAGCUCUUUCUGUGUUGCGUGUCUAGGUUCCUCGUCCGCGGUUCUAUCCUUAGGAUUGUCAAGCAAACUGCGGAGGAUCGUUUAGAGGAUCGUCUCGUCGAAAGCGAUGUCGUGACGGAGGUCGGCAAUCUCAGCGAGAAGAGCAAGGUCGGUUAUGUUGUCCACUCUGUUUCGCAGGUACAUCGAAUGAGCGGCGUCUGCGAGUAUGAGGAGAGGAUGGGCGUGCGAGGGCCUCCGUUCUCAGCAUUCAAAGCUUGGAGAUAG